GUCAAACAAGUUUGCUCUUUGGCGGAUUGUCGCCUCUCGGGAACCGUAGUUUGGCCAGUUAUACGUGCUGCACAUGGACUCUGAAGGCUGUGAAGUACCAGAAACAACCGAGUUAGCCACCACCCUAUAGGUCUAUAGAAAUUCUGACCGACCACUAGGAUGAGUGACACUGACGAUGAUGUCCCUCAACUGUCCGCGGGGGCUUUGGCUGCCUUGCAAGAGUUCUACGACGAGGAAAAGAACGGUGUAACCCACAGCACUGUGCCGGUGGACAAGUAUUCAGUUGGAGCUGUGGAGGAGGACUGGGGGAUGAGCCAGUUCUGGUACAGUGAUGACACGGCCACACGGCUGGCAGAGGAGCUCAUUCACGAAGCAGGAGAGGGCGGCAGGAUAGCCUGUCUGAGCGCUCCGAGCGUUUACCAGAAACUCAAGCAAGGUGUGGUGGCAGGCUCCGACCACGUGACGGCCGUGGUGCUGGAGUACGACCGGCGCUUCUCCGCCUACGGACAAGACUUCAUCUUCUACGACUACAACAACCCUCUGUCCCUGCCGGAAGAAGUGACGCGGCAGAGCUUCGACAUUGUCCUGGCGGACCCCCCCUACCUGUCUCUGGAGUGCCUCAGCAAGGUGGCAGAGACCAUCCAGUACCUCAGCAAGGGCAAGGUGCUGCUUUGCACAGGAGCCAUCAUGGAGGAGCCUGCGGAGCAGCUUCUGGGGCUGAAGAUGUGCAGCUUCCUCCCCAAACACAACAAGAACCUGGCCAACGAGUUCCGCUGCUACGUCAACUACCCCUCCUGCCUGUCUUGAGGGAGCGCUCUGUGUGUGUGGGGGGGGGGGGGUAACAGCGCCCCCUGGUGGUCUGGAGGGAACACAUCUAAACCCCUCUGCAGAGAUACAUGCUCCUGAUGCUGGGGAUGUCUGACAGACAGACAUAUCACUGAUCUUCGACUGGUGAUGUCUGUUUCACUGACGUUAGAGGGACGUCUGGCUGGAAUCAGGUCCCAUGUUGGUGACCCAAAUGAUUCACUGUGCCUGCGUUACACUUUUAAAGACUUGCGACUAAUCAUUUAAUAUAGAACAUAAUUAUGCAGUGCAAUGAUAAAAGAAGCUAUUCAUGUUUGAAUUUGUAAAUAUUUCAUAUUACAGUAAAUAAAGACUUGACAUGUACGUUGUGGAAAAUUAGGUUACAUUUUGAGACAUCUUCCCCAUCCUUGUUUUUUGGCCAUUUAAUAGUGUCCCCAUGGUGACAGGUACUUCUAGAUAACACAUUAGGUAUAACCAACUGUUCAAAAGUUUGGGUUCACUUACAAAUGUCCAUGUUUUCUUAAACAAAAAUGCAAAUUCUUGGUUAUUAAAAUGACAUCAAAUUGAUCAGAAAUACAGUACAGUGCAUUGUUUUACAUAUGUAUAUAACACAGGACUGAUGGUUGCUGAUAAUGGACCUCUGUACGCCUAUGUAGAUACUCUAAAUAUUAUAUUAAAUAUAUCUGGCUUUUAUUGUUAUUUACAACAGUCAGUCAAACUUCUGAACGGUAGUAUACUUGUCGUGACCCAUAUGGAGAAGGAGUGCUCAGAUGUUGACCCUCAAUGAUGGAACAAACAUAAACAUGCAAUGAAUCAAGUGAAACAGUAGAAAGUGAAAUGUAUAAAGAGCUACAACGCAUAUAUGGGAGGUGUGGACCUGCACGACCAAUGAGUGAACUGUUGCCGGAUUGGCAUUUGAUCAAAGAAGUGGUGUCCAUGCUACAGCUGGGCACUCAACAGUCCUAUGAUCCUCUCCUCCUGGUGUUACAGGUCCAUGGGGGUGUAAUGGGAAGAGGGAGGGGAGGCUUUGGGUGGAAGGGUGGGGUCUAUAUCUUUGGUGGUAUGACACCCAAAAAAAAACUGUAUAAUUUCAUUCAUUCAAAACCCACCAAAUAUCCAUUCAUACAGGUCAUAUGAAGAGGGAGACCAAUCUCCCUCUCCUUUAAAAGGUUGGUUGCCCAGAGUCUCCUCCAGCACCAUGGGAUGAGGCCACAGGGGCUUGGAGGAAGGUCAGCGUUGGGCUCUGCAAUGUGAGGCGGAAAGAUUUGACCAUUUGAACCACUGUCGAAAAUGUGAUGGAAAAA